AUGUCUUCUCUCCCUGUGUCUCUCUCCGUAUCUGUCUCACUCUCUCUCUCUAUCUCUCUCUAUGUCCCUCGCCUAAAUUCUCUCUAUCUCUCUUUCUCGCCCUCUGUCUCUGUCUCUCUCCUUCACUCUUUCUUUAUCACUUCCCUCUCUCUCUCUGCGUCUCUCUCUUCCCCUCUGUCACUCUCUCUGUGUCUAUCUCCAUCUCUCUCUUUGUCUAUAUCUCCUCUCUCUCUGUUUCUGUUUGUGUGUCUCUCCCUCACUCUCUCUGUCUCUCUCUCCCUCUCUUUCUCGCUCUCCGUCUCUAACUUCUCCCUCUGUCUCUUUCUGUCUCUCUUUCGAUGUCUCUCUCUCUCUUUCUCUCCUUCACUCACUUUCUGUCUCUCUCUAUCCCUCUCUAUCACUGUCUCUCUCCGUCUUUGUCUCCCACCUUCAUUCUUUCUGUCUGUCUCUCUCUUUCUUCCCUCUCUUUCUCUCUCUGUCUUACUUUUUAAUUUACUUCCCACGCUCUUAGUCUCUUCAUCUAUCUAUCUAUCUAUCUAUCUAUCUAUCUAUCUAUCUAUCUAUCUAUCUAUCUAUCUCACUAGCUGCCCGUCUAUCUAUCUAUCUAUCUAUCUAUCUAUCUAUCUAUCUAUCUAUCUAUCUAAGUAUAUUCAUAUCUAUCUAUCUAUCUAUCUAUCUAUCUAUCUAAGACGAUUCAUUAUCUAUCUAUUUCAAUUUUUUACAAUAAAGCCCGGGGCUACUCAAUGUAGAAGAUUGCAGUAUUUCAUUUCUAUCUAUCUAUCUAUCUAUCUAUCUAUCUAUCUAUCUAUCUAUGUCAAUUCAUAG